AUGAGGACCUCCGCUCUCCUCGUGGCCGCUAUCGCCGCGGCGGCGGCGUUCGCCGGCAUGUGCCACUCCGCGCAAGCUUUGACUUUGAUUCCGCCACCAAAGAUAACGGUCGGCGGCACGUGCCAGGCGGCCCACGAGGCCGACAGCCGCGUCAACGCCACCUUCUGCACCACCCGCCUGCGCAAGGAGCCCCGCGCGAUCGACGCCGACACGGCAGGCCUCGCCGAGGCCGCGACGGCCGUGGGCUUCCGCAACGCCGAAGGCGCACGGUCCGAGUGCGACAUGCUUUACGGCAUCAUCUGCAAGAAGUACGCGGCGGUGCGGGAGGCGAUUGCUGAGCAAAGGUACGGUGAGGUCGAGAGGGAGCUGUCGAGUGUCCCGUUGCUGGGGCACAUAUGCGACUCCGGGAUUGCCCGGGCACGCAGCGCCAGCGCGUCGCCGUUCUUGCACUACAGCGAGGACAACACGCAGAUCACCCUCCUCACCCUCGCCAUCACCAGCCUGAUCAAGUGA